UGAUUGACAACAACAAUGGUCGCGUUGAAACACGGUAGAGUGCGACGAAACAGUGGAAACGGCGGCGCUGCUGCGCUGGCCAGUAGUGACAAGAUGGCGACGCCCAGUGAACUGUCUCUCGAGGAGAUUCGCAAAUAUUUAUUGGAAAACGGUGGCACUGCUCGCAAUCACGACGUGGUGAAGCACUUUAAGAAAUUCCUAACGGACCCGGAAACACGAGCCGAGGCACGAAAUCGGUUCAAGGAGUAUGUAAACACCCUGGCUACCAUAAAGAACGAAGAGGGUGAAAAAUAUUUGGUUCUGAAGAAGAAGUAUCGUCAAAAUUCUUUGGAACUGACGACACCUGAUCAAAUCUCGUCACCCAUUGGCACUCCCGACGUAGCUACCCCUUUGGUCUCUCCUUUACGAGUUCCGCCACCUUACCGACCACCACCUCCCGCACCCCUCAGUCCACCGGCAAAUAACGCAAGCACACGCCGCGAGGAGCCGUGUUUGAAUUUUUCCCGCGAAGAGGCCACUAUAAAUGCACGGAUAAAUGACGCUGACCGUGUCGAGACCGGAUUUUCAACGUCGUCACCUCCUGUGCCGCCACGACGUAAAAGUCAAGAUAAGAUCAAGAUCGAGAAUAAGGAGAACGUGGACAGGAAUAGAGGAGGAUCAGAGGCUGUUAUCAAGGAAGAUGAGGCUGUCGCGACAAAUCCAGGCUCAACCGAGCAAUUAAGCUUUCGUGAGCGGAUGCAACGUUUCAAUCGGAUGGCUAGCGAGACCGAUCUCCAUGGCAGGUCUAAUGGCACUAUCACACCUACUAAAAAGCGAUCCGACAAGGGCGCCGACGAGGAUGACAGCGCUUCCGUUGCCUCGCAACUGGACGGGAAGUCACGGGAGUGGUUGGUCAGAGCGGCGCAAGGGGAUUAUCAGGCAUUGGCGAAAUUGGCUGCGGAAGAACCUCGCCUCACCCGACUCAAGGAUCCAACAUCCAGCUACACGGCGUUGCAUUGGGCGGCCAAACACGGCGACGAGAACAUUGUGAAGCUGAUCGCGGGUACCUACAAGGAUUAUAUCAAGAGCGUCAAUGAAACUUCGAACGGGGGAUACACGCCGUUACACAUCGCCAUGCAGUUCGACCACGAGAAUAUCUUCAAUCUGUUGGUUCAGGUGUACGGUGCGAACCAAGAGGUACGCGACUACAGUGGAAAGAAGGCCAGACAGUACUUGGUCUCCCAGGAGGCGGCCGUCAGUCAGGACACCUUCCGCAAAAUAAAAGCAAGGAAAAAGCAUGCAGAGAAAGAUCUUGGUUUCCUGCGUAUUGGCUCGCUGAACGUACGCGUGAAACGUACGACGGAAGCGUUCAGCCAGUUCCUGGGUGUGGCAACUAGCAGCAGCGCCAGCAGCAGCAACAACGAGAAGAUACACAAGAGCUGGGGAUCGGCGGAUAAUGUGCAGCUGGAUCAGAAAAUGAUGCCACCGCCAAAGUACGCACCGAUCAAGAAGAGGAGGAGCCGGCGAGCGCAGGAUUUCGGAUCGUCGCGGAAUCACCAGGCUGCCAGUCAACCAACCACACCGCUCCUUCAGGGCAAGGUUUCUCGGCCAAGUCAGUCGAUGCAUCGUCGACCAACUUCCACAACAGUCAUCAGUUCCGCCGCGCCCAAGUCGCAGCAGAACGACUCGGACUCGGAUACCGCGUGUGGCUUCGAUUCCGCCUGGAGAGGAUCCGCUCAACUCUAGGAGAAUCUUUCUCACGAAGAUUUUUAGCCUUUAGUAUCGCGAAAACCCGAGGCUUUACUCAAUCACCGUGUACCUUGCCUUCUACUCUUCUUUAAAUAAUCUUUAUCUUUUUCCCCGUUUAUUAAUUGGUCAAAAUCGGGUGAAUUUAGAAAAAGACUGAAAAACAGAUUGUUAGAGUUAAAAAAAAAAAGUAACGAUAAUGGUAUAAUUGAUUAGCCUAGGUGUUAGACAUAUUUAAAGUGAAUUACGCUUUUCGUGAAUUAUAAAACAAUGAGGAACAAGGAUUUGAAUUUGUAUUGAGAUUCUAAAAUUACAAAGAUCUCUGUGAAAGAUCACCUGUCGUACCAAUCGACCAAUUGACACAACGAUUUGAAAGGAAUUGAUUUUUAAAAAAGACUAUUAUAAUUUCUCGACGAUAUUUUCUUACGUUACAGAAACGAUAUGCUCUUUAAUGUAAUCGUUACCGUAGGUUUUGUGCCUUAAUUUAACACUGGGAAGCAAUGCUUUAGGUUUACAAAUGUGUUCUCUGCACAAAAGCCAAAUAUAUAUUUUAUCGUAAGCGUGAAAGCAAGAUUGCAAUUCCUUUAUACAGGGUGUAUUGCGCACAAUUUUUUGUAAAAUAUUUUUAAGGAUGUAACUACACUUGAUGUACCUAAGUCGUAGUGAAUAGAAAUUGCAAUAUCGUUCUCAUAUUAUUAAUAAAGAUAUUAAAUAUUU